AUGACGGCAUCCCCAGAAUCUCAAGCCUCUUCGCCAAUGGAUGAAACAUUCGGAGCGGGUGAAGCGUCUGCGGCUUCUUCACCCGAGCCUACUGAGGAAUCCCAACCUGCCGAUUCACCAUCGGUGGCUCAGGCCGAGAUGCAUCAAUCUCAACCGCCUCGGGAUGCUCAAUUACCUGAAGCGACCGAGUCGCCCGAAGUCGCUCAGCCGACUCGGGUCAUUGAAGCACCUCAACGGGUUCAGCGACCUCUUGCGGCCAGACCUCCACCUCAGGCUAUUCAUCACAAUUUGGCUCAUCCACCACAGGCUAAAGGCAUGCAACAACCUCAAGGUCAAGGUGUGCAACAACCUCAAGGUGUGCAAAAACCUCAAGGUGUGCAAAAACCUCAAGGUGUGCAACAACCUCAAAUGGUUCAUUAUUAUCCCGUGGUGUACUACCCCCAUCUGAACCCGGACGUGCCUCCUCCUCCUGCUCAUCACUUUUAUCAAGUGGUAUACUACCCUCAUCCUCCUCCUCAUCACCAUUAUCCAGUAGCGUACUACCCUCAACCGGAUCCAGUUAUGCCUCAUCCCCACCACCAGCAACCUCCUUACAUGGGGUACUCGCAUCCUCAUGUGCCUCACCCGCCGCAUCAUAUGGCCCAGGCUCCGGUGGCUCACCCUAUGAUGGCUCACCCUGAACAUAUGGUCUACGCUCCGCAUCCGAACGUGCCGCAGCCUCCUUUUCCUCAUCCUCCGCCGAUGGUCCAGCCUACCUACCCGGCACAGGCUUCUGGAGGGGUUCCGGUACCUCCUGUUGCCCAGCCUCCCCAAACAGCUCGCCGUUCUCAACCAGGGCCUCGCCGUGUUUAUCCAGUGUCUCGCGUGGCACCUCAACCAGCGCCCGCUACUCCCCGAAGUCCUCUCUUCACACCUGAGGGAACUCCUGCGCCUCAAACUGUUGCUUCUACACCGGCCCCUGAGUCUGCCGAAUCAUCGCCAGAUCCGGAGUCUGGCGAAUCCACGUCUACUCCAGAUCCUGCUGCGCGGACAAGAACAGCAGCAACGGCAACAAGCGACAUGGGCCCCCCAUCAAAGAGGCGGAGGGGGCCCAAGCCCAAGCCGUUGUCAGAGCGCAAACUGUUGCGUACGACGCCAAUUGUUCGCAAGGAGAAUACUUACUCCAAGAAGAAGAAGGAGGAGGUUAUUAUGUGGAUGGUCCAUAAUCGGGUCGAGCGUCUAGGCGAGAUGGUGCCGCCUUCCACCUUGGACGCCGAGUAUCACUUUAAGAUUCCUCGGAGCACCAUCGCGGGAUGGAAAAAGGCAAUGUAA